AUGGCGGUGGGCCCAUCGCUCAGAACACUACCUAUGGAGCACCGUGGUGGUGGGCCAAUCGCUCAGAACACUACCUAUGGCGGUGGGCCCAUCGCUCAGAACACUACCUAUGGCGGUGGGCCCAUCGCUCAGAACACUACCUAUGGUGGUGGGCCGAUCGCUCAGAACACUACCUAUGGUGGUGGGCCCAUCGCUCAGAACACUACCUAUGGUGGUGGGCCGAUCGCUCAGAACACUACCUAUGGCGGUGGGCCCAUCGCUCAGAACACUACCUAUGGCGGUGGGCCAAUGGCUGUGUAA